UAUGACUGUUCCAUAUUUUUCCGCUGGUAACAAUCAAUCCUUCGCAUAAUAUUUCGCAAGGAUUUCGCCGAUUUCGUCGUUCGCGCAGAAAAUUCUAGUUUGUUUUGAUUACAUUUUAGUUAAGAAAGAUAACGUCGCUUGAUUCACUACACCGCAAAUAUAAAAGCAGUUGAAUUACAAACACAGGGUAUUUUCAUGCUAAGAAGUUAAUGCCAUAGUGCCUUGUACAAAAACAGAAGAUUAGCCCAAAAAUUCAAAACAGGGAGAGAAGUUUAGCACAUCAUGGUGGUAUUCUUUACAGAUCAUCUGCGGGCCAAGGGUGCUCAAAUCUUCCCUUUGAAGCCCGAAGUGAAAGUUCCAGCGAAACCAAGCAUCAGAAGUUUGAACAGCCUCCUCCAGGACAUAUAUGUGCGUUUCAUAGCACUAAGAGAUAAGGAUUUUGAGAAAUAUUUCUAUGUGUUUGAAACAAUAUUCUUCAAGUUACAUGAACUAAUGAAGGAAGCAGAUACUUACUAUGGGCAAUAUUCCAGCAAUGUACUAUACGCGGGUAGCCACUACGACAAACUACGCAUCAACAAGCCCGACGAGUUCGACAUGGACAUCGUCAUCGGGCUGCCGGUCAACGCGGACGAAAACCCACAAAACCCGGCUAAAAGCGACGUGGUCAUGGAGGACAUUGCACCCGGUUUCGUGAGGCUGAAGAUGGGGAAACAGUUUCAGAACUUGCCGAAUAGGGAUCAAAAGAAAGAUUGGGAAAUAAACCAGACGGCUUACAAAUGGCUAGACGAUGACAACUACCUGCUGCGUUCACAGUUCAUGUACUGGUUCAAGAGUGUGGUCGACAAAGCCAUGAACCUCUUCGAACAGAAUGAGUAUGGUGAACCCUACAUGGAUGUAGAGGGGGAACCGUACACUCUCCGUUUAUCUGCCAGUGGCCCCGCCUACACGCUCAUCAUCGAGGACAAGCAGUGCGGGUUCCGGCUGGACGUGGACCUGGUCCCGGCCCUCAAGUUCCCUGAAGGUCGCUGGCCUAUCACCAAGAAAUAUAGAAGGAUACCCAAGCGUUGCAAGAAGGACUUCUUCAUGGUGGUGCCCAAACCCUUAAAGGGCGGUCGCAGCCCGUUCGACUCGGACCGUUCCUGGCGGCUGGCCAUGCACAUUCAGGAGAAGGACCUCAUGUACGACACGUGUCAUAUGAAGCAGGUCAUACGCCUGAUAAAGAAGCUCCGCGAUUCCCUAGGCAUGGACAAAAUUGCAAGCUACUACAUAAAGACCAUUUUCUACCACGAGGCCAUCGAACAACAACAUGAUGAAGAUUUUUGGAGCAGGAACAGCCCUGCAGAUCUUUUCAUACAUAUGGUCAAGAAGUUUCUACAAUACCUUGAAAAUAAGAACAUUCCAUACUUCUGGAACCCGGAAAAUAAUUUGAUAGAACACAUUAAUGACUCGACUUUAGUCAGCUACGCAAAUAAACUGAGGAAACUUGUCAAGAUUUUGAACAAUCUGGAUGAUCCAUCGAACUAUAAGGAGGUUGCGAAGUAUUUGUUGACGGAGAGUCAAUAUGAGUUGUACAGGAAGAAAAUAUUGCGUGUAUAAUUUAUAUACUAUGGAAGGUAGAGGUAAGGAAUACAAUCUCCAUAGGCAGAACUAUGGAGGGUAGAGGUAAGAAGAACCAUCUCUUUUGGGAAACUGUUCUAGUCAGUUCCUCAAAGGUUAACUAGAAGAGAUCCCAUACAGGGAUAAGUUCGCCUUUGUUGUAUUUAAUUUACUCCGUAACUGUGUUUUCGUGUUAUUAUUUCAAUGUACAAUAAAGUAUAUACAUACAAACAUACUGUUGCUGAAGUGUCCAGCGCCAGCUGUAAAUAAUAGUUCAAAAUCUCUCCGGUGGCGCUAGGGUAGCACAAGGACAUGACAUGAACUUAGACCUUAUUGACAGAGUGAAGUGCGCUGUCAGUGAUUUGUUUUUUUUUAAUCAAAAUCAAACCUUUGUUCGCGAUGUAUUGUGGCGCCACCUAUUUGAGGUUUUUUGAUGGACACUUCUCAUACACAUAGAUUGUUCUCCUUACCUAUACCCUCCAUGGGCAGAACUGUUGCCAAACUGUCCAGUCCAGCUGUCAUCUAUAAAUAAUAGGUCCAAAUCUCUCCACAGUAGCGUAGCACUCUAGAGUAGCUAAGAACGUAGGCGUUAUUGACUGAGUGAAAUGCGCUGUAUAUGUUUUUUUUUUUUUUUUAAGUAUUCUAGGUAUUGUAGCGCCACCUAUUUAAGGUUUAUUGACGUACACUUUUUGGUAAAUGGAGAUUCUAUUCCUUACCUCUACCUUCCAUAUUCGAAUCUAUACGCUUCGAAAGGCAGAUUUUAUUGUGCAGGGAAUACAGUCGAUUUUAUUUUCUUUGAAAAUUGAACGAAACAAAACAACUCUGUUCCAAUUGAAUAUGAUUUAAAUUUCAUCGAACUGAAUAAGUCCUAUAGGUAGGACCUUGGGCCUUACGAGGCUAGAGUUAAAAUUAUCUUUUCCAUUUAAUAUUUUAUUUUGACAAUGACAGUCUUAUUUUCAUUGGGACAGCUUCUUUUAGCAGCUUCUUGCAGCAACUUUUAAAUGCAUACAUUUGAUUUUAUGGAAUUAAUAUGUAAUGUUAUAAAACAUAUAAAAGUAUAUGGUGCUAACAAAAUAUUUUAAUCGCAUACAAAGUGUAACAAAAAUAGCGGGGAUUUGAUGGCAUAUUUGAUAUCGUGUUCCGAUUAGGGAAAGUAAAAGAAACAUUUUUUUGACGGGCAAAAAAUCUAUGGAGUAGGUCGUCUAAGUCGGCCUACAUUUUUGGCGUCAAAACCGAUCCCCAUUUUUUUUGUUACACCUUCUAUAUAGAUGUUUUUAAGUAGGUAUAGUUUAUUAUAAACACUCAGGUGGAAAAAGAAAAAUAAUAUUUUUAGACAUAAUACUUAAGUUAUUAGAUACGUAAAUAGAUCUCGUCGGAUCUCUUAUAAAGCUUGACCAGUAAUCUAUGAUCACGCGCCAUAUUGCGGAAUUUCAUUGGAACUAAAUUUUUCAUACUUAACUGACCUGUCACCCCAUACAUGAGAAUACAGCGCCCUCUUGACAAUGAUCAUGUAUUUCUGGUCGGGCUUUAGAUAUUUAUUAAGACCACCCGUCUUCCGUUUCGUACAAGGCGCCAAGGCGGCUUUGCAUUUGUAUGCGUAGCCGCACGCCGCUCCGGUGUGCGAGCGGAACAUCGCUGUACAUGCAUAAUGCUUUCUAGUUUACACCGGAACGUCGUGCGGAUCCGCAUAAGCGUAAUAAGUAAUAAACGCCUAAGGAGGUCGUUUGCAAGCUUUUAUUUAACUUGCAAUGUAACUAUGUAUGUACGGGUCAAAUCUCUCAAGUUAAAUUUGACCCACGGUUUCCGAUGAAGUUGAAAAUUUGCAUUCAUAUGUAAGUCGGGUGACAUUGCAAUAUUAUGGUAUCAUCGAGCUAAUCUGAUGAUGGAGGAGGUGUCGACUAAAGUGUUCACAAAUAUCUGAUCUAUUAUGAAAACGUUAACGUGCAUGUUCAGAUAUUUUUGAGCACCUUGGCCGCUCCGAUAUAUCUGAUGGCGAUUGUACAGUCAGUAGCGAGAGCUAUGCGGGUCACGUGUUCAAAAUGAGCUACGCACGCUCUUUAGUUUAUUCUGAACACCUUGGCGGCUUAGGUACAACUUCUGGUGUUGAGUAAAAUUAAUGACGGUUGUAAAUUAACGACUGAUUUUAUUUUUAGUUGUAUAAGUUUUGUUUAAGUAUAAGGCAGUUUUCUCAUUGCAUGCGGAUCCGCACGCCGCUCCGGUGUGCGAGCGGGACAUCGCUAUUUACUUACGUGCAUAACGCUAUCACGUACCGGAGCGUUAUUCGGAUCCGCAUCAGUGUGGUAACCGCGUAAUGCAUAAUUGUCUUGUAGUUUUUAAUAGUAUGAUUUAUGGAGGUAGUCUAUGCUUUACUCUUAGGUCUUAGGUCAUACUUAGAUAAAGUAAGGACGUUAAGCACUAAGAAUAAUGUACAUUGACCUGUCUGUUCUUAUCUCUAUUGCACGCGCAUAAUUUUAUAUUGCUGUCCACAAGGCUCGGAACCGGUUUUAAUAAUACCUUUAAAUAACGGUUUUCCUCCGAAUAUUUAUAAGAACGCGAACGUUUUAAAAACUUUAUUGUAAAAUAACCGCUUUAUUCGACGAGCGACAAUACGACUGGCCGGCCUGGUGGUGUGCCACGUAAACAUAGACACCGACAUAGGAAGAAACCGGUUUUUAUUGCUCUAAACAGGUUAAAUCGACAAGAACUGUUCUCAUAUAAACCGGUUUCGAAAUUUAACCGGUUUCCCCACCGGUACCCCCGGAAUCAUGGGCGGGAAGCAAUAUAAUUACGCGCGUGUGAUAGAGAUAGGAACAGGCACGUCAAUCUACGAAAAUCUUCGUGAUUGGCGUCCUUACUUUAGGUAGUCUUCAUUUUGAAAUAAUUGAGAUUUGUAUGUUAUGAUGGCAGGCCGCAUUUUUUUUCUAAUAAAAGCUGGAUUGGAUAUAUUAAAA